GCUUUGCCGGUUCUAGCAGCAGACACAAUGAAACGAGGGGCAAUGUAGGACACCACGUUGGGGUUUGAAACGCAGACUCGUCGAUAGAUAGCAGAGGCCGCUGCUGAUGAGAAAAAGCAACGAGUUGAAAGUCUUUGGAGAAGAACCGAACGCACUCAGGAAACGAGGCUCUCCGUCGUAACUUUUGCUUUGUCGUUAAACGCAGUUGCGAUAAAAUGUCGUUCGCUUAUUCGGAUUAUCUGGCCGCCGAGUGUCUGGUGUCGAUAUCCAGCGGUCCCGUCCUCCAUCGGCCCACCCCGGUGUCUGGCGCGGCUCAGGCCCCUCCUCAGGGCCUUCCUGCCGGCGAGCCAGACGGGUCGAGCGAGGACAGGGAGGUGCGGGAGACGCUCCGUUUAGAGGGGGCCAACAUGAUGACGGUGGCGGAGAUCCUCACCGACCUGCACGGCAAGUUUCGUCCCAUGUCGGCCUACUCCGAAAGCAGCAACUCGUCGUGCGGAGAGAGCGGCUACACCACGUUGUCUGACUCCACCACCCCAACGCCGACCAUGACCCCCUCUGCCACCCCUGUCCCGGGACAGUACAAUAACACCCCUCAACAGAUUUGGGGAGGAGGGGGCGCACCCCGGUCCCCCACCAAGCGUCACCCCUGUACCUUCGACGGGUGUGACAGGGUGUACGGCAAAUCAUCCCACCUGAAGGCGCACAUCAGGACCCACACAGGUGAGAGGCCCUUUCCGUGCACCUGGCCUGACUGCGAAAAGAAGUUCGCCCGUUCCGACGAGUUGGCCCGACACCUACGUACCCACACCGGCGAGAAACGCUUCCUGUGCCCACUCUGCGACAAGCGCUUCAUGCGCAGCGACCACCUCAUCAAGCAUGCCCGCCGGCACCCCAACUUCCACCCCUCCAUGAUCAACCGCAAAGGUUCGGCUCAGGGAUCCGCUUUGACCCAUUCCACCACCGCCUCCACCUCCUCCUCAGAGUAUGCCAGCACUGCCGUGUAGACGCCCCCUCACCGGGACCCCUGCCUUCUGCACUGUGACCACCGUCUCUGUCAGACACUGCAGCUUGACUCGAUCGCCGUGCAUGCUGGGAUCCUUUUAAGCUCAGUCCUCACUUCCACAGGCCAAAAAUGAAGAACUUCACCAUGUCUUCCUCCGAACCCCUUCGCCCAACCAGUGAUGACCAAAACGGGCGAAGGAGACAACGCUCAAGCACAUUCCCGAGUCGCGUGAUUAAAUGAUCACAUGACCGACAAGUGAUGCCGAACGCAACAUUGCAUAUUAAAUUGCUUGCUUUGGGUGGAAUAGAUUCGUCUGAAAUACCGUAAAACACUUUUUCGGAUGCAUGCAGACAAAAGGGCCACCAGCAGUAGCACAAUAUUUUCCAUCGGUCAUCUUGGUGUAUCACUUGUCAGCCAUGUUUUAGAAACUCCUAAAGGAUGCAUCACAGUUUAAGGGAAAGUUUACUUGUUCUUAGACAUUUUACAGUAGUUCCUUCUUUGUCAUGUCUUUUUGUAUAGCCAAAAUGGCUAAUCCUUUCUGGUUUUGCUUGUCCACACAUGCUGUAUGACACAAUAACCAGAUUCAGUUGCAGAUUAUUGUAAAAUAUUUGUGUGUUACUCAUGAAUUUGAUUCUUGACACCCUUUGAAACCAAACAACGACUGAAUCGAAACGGCCAGUGCGUUUCUUUUGGGUAGAAACACUGCCUGUAAUGCCGCAUUUCCACAUAGCUUUCCCUACUGAAAUUGUAAUAAGUUAUUGUCAUCUUAAUUUACUUUUGUUUUCUAUUAGUAGUAUCAGCAUGGCAACUGAAAUAGUAGGGUUUUUUUUGUUUUUUUUAUUAAUUAACGUUAUUAGGCCAUGCAUUUUUUAUUAUUAUUAUUAUUAUUAUAAUUAUUAUUUUCCACUUGGAGGAACUCUUUUGUUUGUCCAUGCAAUGUUGACAUGUUGGUACUUGUAGCAAUGUGUUUAAUAGAAAUGUGGAUACGUGUAGAUAAAUAUCUAUGCUUGCAGCUUCAAUGGUAAAGAUGUUAUUAUAUGAACUACUAGAAGUAAUACACCUUAUAUUAGGGGUGACAGUACACGCUUGAAUAGAAUAGUGCUGCUUGUGUGCGAAUGUUUGCGCGUCGCGUUUGUGUGUGUGUGUGUGUGUGUGUGUGUGUAUUCACGCGGGAGAGCCCGGGAAACGAUCUCUCUCCAAAACUGUCCCACCUGCGGACCUCUUACAAACUAUCUCAGAGAACAAAAAAAAAAAAAAAACACAUCAGGAAACUCAGAAAGCCUUAAAAUCUUUUGACUUGUUUUGCACCAUUGUUUACUGUCGGAUAUUUUCUACAGGUAUGCCGUCAGGCGUCGUUCUUCUCGACUAAAGAAAUACACAUGCAAUAUUGCACUUUUUUUCUUACUGGUAUUGUCAACGAUGCUAGUCGUCUGCUAGCUAGUGUGAUGGGUUUCACUGUAUAGAUGCUACUGCAUAGUGCUCAACUAAACGAACACUGUGGAAGGGGAUAGAGACCUGUCACAAUAAAUCAAUACAUUCGUCUAAAUGUGCACCUUUGUCUGAGUGCUUAAACCAGUGUGAGGAAAAUGGACUUGAUUUUUGUGAACUUUUCACUUUCGUUUGUAUUUUGCUUUACAUUUAGAGUGUUACGGAUACAAAAGAUCUGAUCCCAGUUCGUCUGGUCUCAAAACUACAGCUGUUUUUAAUGGUUCGUCGCACCAUUUUCUAAUCAUGCAAUAUUCAGAGCGCUUUAAGUAACUGCUGGCAGUAACCUGAAGUGCGAUGACAACUUAUAAGUUCUCAACCACAAUAACAAACCAAACCUGAAUAGUAUAUAAAACUCUGUUUGUUCUGUAGCUAAUUAAAUGUGUUCUUCACAAUUCUUGUGUGUCUGGCCGGGAUUUUCAUUUUUUUGUGUGUGUGUUUUCUUUUAGUAGUUGUUUUCCUGUAGCGAGUCGUCUGUGGAUCUGUUGACCAUUGAUGGCAUCAAUGGUACACUGUGUUAGGCUGCGGUGGGCUUUGUGCGUGAUUCUCAACAGACUGAGACCUUUGUGAUCACGUCUUUUGAUUUUUUCCCCCUCACAAUGCCCUCUUUUAGCAGUCCGGAUUCAACUUUGCAUUUGAUAUCCCUCCCAUUCUACUCAACACAUUUGCAGCUAGUACUCUGGACAGCCAUCACAAACCACUGGAUCAAGUCUGAUUUUUUUUUAUUUGUUUGUGUGUUUUGUGGUCUUUAAUUUCAGUUAUUAUCUUUUGUAUUUGGUUUGAUGUACUGGAACGUCUUGUUUCUUAUGCUUUGUAUUGGUUUACGUACUGUAGGUGUCUAUAUAGUAUGCAAAACAUAGCUUUCUAGAUGGUUUAGGAUAGCUUAGCAAUCGUAUAGCAGAGAAAAUGCAUAUUCUAUAGUUCCUUUGGGUAAAAUGCUGCAUCAUUUGCUGUGUUCGAGGCAUCCAAUCUCUGCGGGUCAAACUCAAGUGAACUAAGAUGUGUGUGUGUGUGUGUGUGUGAGAGAGAGCGGCUGCUUUUAAUCAUGAUGCUAGAUUGAGAAUAUGUAGAGUGAUGAUUUUUUUUAUUUUGAGAACUGCUUUGUUGCUUGGCGUACAAUCUAGAUCUUGUCCAUCACUUUUGACACACUAAAAUGAUGCACUGAUUGGCGGAUUGUCUGUAGUGAUCACACUAAAGGAUGUCUAAAGAGAUCUCCUGAGGUCUCAGUCUACAGCCAUGUCUCAUAUCAGUCAACCAAUGGGUUUUGUCAAUACAGAAGCUUCCAUGUAUCUCCUCAGGUGAUAAAACGUAAUGCUGAAAACCUCUGUCCUUCAUGAGUGGGACCUAAUGUUAAGCGUUCUUUUCAUUCGCUUUGUUUUGCAUUAUUCUGCAAUUUUAUUAUUAUUUAUUACAUGCUUUUGUUUUGGUGUGCUUUAGAAUAUCUUUUUUUUCUUUUUUUUCAGUACUUAUUUUAUGGUAUGAGACUUGACUAAUAAUUUGAUUCAUUGUUUGCCUCCAACAAAAACAAACAAAAAACCUUCCAGUGCUUUUUAAAUAAAUAAAUGGAUUAAGAAUUAU